AUGUGGCAGGAGCAUUUGGGGCAGCUUUCUUGGGAGCCAUGGAAGAAAGAAGAAGGGUGGAAACAGAAAAUGCAGGGAAAAGAAAAAAUUGAGGAGGAAGACGACAAUGAGGAUCGAGAGAAAAAAUCAACAGCGAAUCUUCAGGCGACACGUCACCAUACCGGAAACUGUACCAACACACGUAAUUUCUCACAACAAGCCAACGUUCACUGCGCCUAUUGUAAUGGGGCAUAUGACCAAGUCGGAUACUCAGACCUUGAGUAUCAAGUUCACGAUAGUUGGCUCUUCUUCCCGUUUCAUUGCUGGUACUUGUACUUCUAUGAGAGGAUCUUGGGCAACCUGAUUGGCGAUCCCACCUUUGCCAUGCCAUUCUGGAACUGGGACUCCCCUCCCGGCAUGCAAAUCCCAGACAUGUUUGUAGACUCCACCUCACAACUCUACGAUGUCUACCGCAACGCAAAUCACCAGCCGCCGAAACUGAUCAACCUCGACUACAGCCCUCCAGAGGAUCCAGAACCUACAGUAGACCAAAAUCUCAAAAUCAUGUACCGGCAGAUGGUGUCCAACAGCAAGACUGCUCAGCUAUUCCACGGCUCCGCUUACCGUGCCAGGGAUAAGCCUGACCCGGGUGCUGGCUCACUCGAGUCCACUCCUCACAAUAACAUCCACUUGUGGUGCGGUGAACCGAAACAGAAUUAUCACGAGGACAUGGGGAACCUUUACUCCUCCGGUAGAGAUCCACUCUUUUACGCUCACCACUCGAAUGUUGACCGAAUGUGGACCAUAUGGAAGACGCUAAAAGGAGGGAACCGAAAAGAUUUCACAGACACUGAUUGGUUAAACGCCAACUUCAUCUUCUACGAUGAAAAUGCUCAGCCUGUUCGUGUUUAUGUUAACGACUGCCUUGAAACUAAGAAGCUGGGCUAUUCUUAUCAAGAUGUGGAUAUUCCAUGGCUGAAAACUAAGCCAACUCCUCGCAAAUCUAAAAACGUCAAGAAAGUAGCGACGCUUUUUCCUUCAGGACGUGGGGGUGUUGUGCUUGCGGCUGCAUCAUCUGCAAGCCUUGCGUUUCCAGUUGUUUUGGACAAGGUGAUAAGCACUGUGGUCGCUAGGCCCAGCAAAUCGAGAAGUAAACGUCAGAAGGAAGAGAAGGAAGAGGUGUUGGUGAUUGAAGGCAUCGAGUUGGAGAAAGCUGCGGUGGUGAAGUUUGACGUUUAUAUUAAUGAUGAUGUUGACACUCCCAGCGGGCCAGACAAGACGGAGUUUGCAGGAAGCUUUGUGCACGUGCCGCAUCAGCAGGCUCAUGCGAAGAAGAAGAAGACCGCCCUGAGAGUGGGGAUCACCGACUUGUUGGAUGACUUGGGAGUUGAUGGCGAUGACGACGUCGUUGUCACUUUGGUUCCUCGGCAAGGUAAAGGGCUCGUCAGCAUUGGUGGAAUCAAGAUUGAGCUUCUUUCUUGAUCUGCUUCAGGUUCCAAACGUGGUUUCUUCUUUCGCCAUUAUCAUGAUCCUUGCUUAUUAAACUUAACGUAAUAUUAUUAUGUGUUUCUACUUUUUC